CCUCUCUCUCUGUUGUGUCCCUCCCCCCCUUCCAACGCACCACACAACCCACAGCCCACCAUGUUCUCAAGGACGUUCCUUCGCUCAAAUUUCGCCCGGCAGGCCGUCCGCCCGGCCGCGCGCCCGAUCGCCUUCCGCGCACCCCUCCCCUUCCUUACCCAGCACCGCCUGCUCUCGGACGAGACGCGGCAGGCGAUCGAGAGCGCUGUCGGCUCCGCGCCCGUUGUGCUCUUCAUGAAGGGCACCCCCGAGACCCCGCAGUGCGGCUUCUCCCGCGCCUCGAUCCAGAUCCUCGGCCUCCAGGGCGUCGACCCCUCCAAGUUCGCCGCCUUCAACGUCCUGGCCGACCCGGAGCUGCGUCAAGGUAUUAAGGAGUUCUCCGACUGGCCCACGAUCCCCCAGCUCUACGUCGACAAGGAGUUCGUCGGCGGCUGCGACAUCCUCGUCUCCAUGCACCAGAACGGCGAGCUGGCGAAGCUGCUCGAGGAGAAGAAAGUCCUCGCCGAGGCCGAGGCCGAGAAGAAGGAGUGAAGAGCAGGUACAACCGCGUGCGAGCGCUCGGCACGAGGAGGACACUAGGAGAAACUGUACAAUUGUAACAUACCGAAUGGGGGACAACCACACGUGGGACAUGUCCGGGAAAUAGAUUGGCUUUUCAUUGGCAAAGCAUGUGGUCUCUUGAUCAUCUUCAACUCGACCAUCCGCCCAUCGUUCAGGCCGAGGAACUGCAGGUCCGUCGCUAUGUAUGGGAGACGCCACCACGGAUUAUCAUCUAUGUCACAAGAAGUCUUACACCGAGGGUCGGUCGACGGACGAUUUUUCUACAAGUGGAAUUCGCUUGCGCUUGAAGAUGCCCAGUGGCUUGCGUCAUUAUUGAGCUCGUGAUGAGAGUUUUACUACUUUCAGUCUCUCUGUAUUUAUUGGCAUACCCUUGAAUUCGUAUUCGCAUCUCGUAUU